AAAGGAAUCGAUCGGGAGAUGCCGGCAAAAGAAGUUGGUGAAAGCCGGGCCGGAAGGGCCGGGAGCUGCGCGCCGCCGGCUCCAUCACACGCCGGGAGCAGCUGAACUUUGUGGGAUGACUGAAAACACCCACAGGAUCCUGUCUCUCUGGUUUUCAUCAGUGAGUAGCAUCAGGGAGAGACGGCUGAGGAACAAAAAUGAUAUCAGGCAAAACCAUUCCAACAUCUACUUUUUCCUAAGGAACUUCAUGCCCAUAGGGGUUCUCUAUGGGCAUUUCCAGGAGUGAGACUGAGGUACCACAGAUGCAUCCCUACCGGAUCAUGUAAGAAUUCUCAAAUUAAAAACCUACCCCGUCAAGACCUUCUCUGCCCGGUUUGCAGUACAUGGUUUGGUGUAAGUACAGCAAUUCUCGCCUCUUUCUCUCCUUUUUAAGUCUCUUGAGCUUGGAGAUCUCUUUCCUCGUUGCAAUUAUGAUUAUUUGCAACAUCAGUGCCAUCAAAGAUUGGAGCACUUUCCUCUCCCAGAUCCUCCCCAGUGUUAACAAGACUCUGAACUUGGUACAGCAAGUGGAAGCCACCACCAGCUCGGUGGUAAGUGUCCUCCAGGACCCUGAGCAGGACAACUACCUGUCCAAUAGCCAGUCCAUGAACUCCAGCAACUUCACAGCUGGCCUGGACCACUUGUUCCAAUACUCAUACUCGGACAAUGACCAGCUCUACAAGGAGUACAAACCCCCUCCUCGAGAUGCCAUUCCUCUGCCCAAGGCUGUCCUCUACCUUCUCAUGGCAGCCCUGGUGGUGGUGGCAGUGGCGUACGCCAUCGUCGGGCAUCUCAUCAAAGACCUCAUUUACGACUUUGUAGACUGGAUCUUUGGCCCCAACCCGGACGACAACAGCAACAAGAGCGACAUCAACUGCAUCAGCAACAGCGUCAACGAGAUGAGCGAGAUGCCCGAGGCGCCGCGGCACCGGGACCGGCAGCCCCAGGACGUGGUCAUUGCCAUCGGCGAGACUUGCCACCUGCCACAGCAGACGUGACCGGCGCGACGUCCGGGCCAGGCGGGAUGGAGCAGCGGGAUGGAGCAGCAGGAUGGAGAGCAGGAAUGGAGCAGAGGGAUGGAGCGGAGGGAUGGAGCAGUGGAACACUGCAGCAGCCACCUUGCAGGACCGGGCACUGAGAGGAAGGGAUGAGCAGAGCCGGCACUGCGGAGCAAAGCCCUUCUCCCGCUGGCUUUGCCUCUAAGGACCUUGCUGGGGUGGGUGGCAUUGCCCCUUCUCCCAGGCUUGUCAGCCCUGUCCUGACAUCUGCCCGUGGGUUUGUGACCCCUUCUUUGUUCCCUGUGAAUAGCAAAAAAGAAAAAGCAAAUGCAAAAU